AUGCCUUCUAUUCAAGGAAAAUAUCAGCAUUAUAAGAAUGAGAAUAUAGAUGAUUAUUUUACUGCAGUUGGUGUACCAUUUAUGGGUAGAAAAAUGAUGGCAAUGUCUUCACCAUUGAUGGAAAUAACUUUUGAUGGUGAGAAUAUGAGUAUUAAGAACUCUUCUUUGCUCAGAACAGUGGAAUUGAAAUUCAAAAUUGGCGAGGAAUAUGAAGAGCACAUGCCUAACACUACAAUCAAGAGUGUUACAACUGUUGUCAAUGAUAAUGAAAUAAAGACCGAUUCUAUAAUCCCACAAACUAAUGAAAAAUGUGGGCGGCAUUAUUUAUUCACUGAUGAUGAAUGCAUUGUGACACUGACACAUGAAAAAGCUAAGACACCUGGUAAACGUUACUUCCGCAGGGUAAAAGAUUAA